GUAGCUGGAAAGUCUGCGGUGAGUACUGGGCCUUUUCUCCUUUUCGUUCUUCUCAUCUGAACUGCACGUCGGCUUUUUGCUUUGCAUCAUAAGGAGAGUAGAGGAGGAUACGGUGCUCCAUUCCUGAACUAGCUGGAGAAGUUAAGUUGCUGGGCUGAACUGAAUGGACGGAGUCAGGGCAAAGGGGGCAGGGCCUGGAGGCUACACUGUGGGCACCAUGUCUGAGAAGUUUGACUGCCAUUACUGCAGGGACCCCUUGCAAGGGAAGAAGUACGUGCAGAAAGAGGGCCGUCACUGCUGUGUGAAAUGCUUUGACAAGUUCUGUGCCAAUACUUGCGUGGAAUGCCGGAAACCCAUUGGGGCUGACUCCAAGGAAGUGCAUUACAAAAACCGCUAUUGGCAUGAUUCCUGCUUCCGCUGUGCCAAGUGCUACCAUCCUUUGGCCAAUGAGACCUUUGUGUCCAAAGAAAAUAAGAUCCUGUGUAACAAGUGCACCACUCGUGAGGACUCGCCGAGGUGCAAAGGAUGCUUCAAGCAAAUUGUUGCAGGAGACCAAAAUGUCGAAUACAAGAAGAACGUUUGGCAUAAGGACUGCUUCACCUGCAGUAACUGUAAGCAGGUCAUCGGAACUGGCAGCUUCUUCCCAAAGGGUGAAGACUUCUAUUGUGUUACCUGUCAUGAGACCAAGUUUGCCAAGCACUGUGUCAAGUGCAACAAGGCCAUCACUUCUGGAGGCAUCACUUACCAGGAUCAGCCCUGGCACGGCGAGUGCUUCGUGUGUGCCACCUGCAGCAAGAAGCUGGCUGGACAGCGCUUCACCGCUGUGGAGGAUCAGUAUUACUGUGUGGAUUGCUACAAAUCCUUUGUGGCUAAGAAGUGUGCUGGGUGCAAGAACCCCAUCACAGGCUUUGGUAAAGGCUCCAGCGUGGUCAACUAUGAAGGCCAAUCCUGGCAUGAUUACUGCUUCCACUGUAAGAAGUGUUCCAUGAAUCUGGCGAAUAAGCGCUUUGUCUGCCACAACGAGCAGAUCUAUUGCCCCGACUGUGCCAAAAAGCUGUAACCAGGCAGGGGCCUCUGUCCUGGAAAAUGGAGCUUGAUUCCUACUGUGACGUGCGUGCUCUGUCACUUGGGUAGGAGCAAGACUUCCAAAACCCAAAUCACUAUUUUCUGCUUUUCUCUCAUUUUACACUUACUGGCUUGUGAAAAGGUCCUUUGCUUGUAGGCAUUUGAACUCUGCAGUGAGCCCAUUUAGUAAAGCUUUGCUACCAUAAUUUGGCUAGUUAAGUCUGAAGACGUAUUAUUCAGUAGACUUUAGGCUAUCCUUAAUAUGUAGGCUUUUAUGCAUGUCGCUAAUAAAAUCCCAACAUUUAAAAAAUGUGGUUUGCCACAGCUACUGCAAUGAACAAGUAAUGUACCUCCUGAGCCCAUUGUGGAGAUCCUCAGGAAGGCCACCAUCAGCUUUAAUCAUCUUCAUAGACCUGCUAGUGGCAUAUCCCCAAAUCUGGCUGUAAUGCAAACCGCUGGUUGCACCAUAAUCACUAAUGGAUGCUAAAGAGGGGCUCAGAUUCAUGACAUGAGAGGCUUUGCCUCGUGCAAGUAUCAUCUUUCUUUUUCUUUCUUUUUUGCCUUUGUGUUUUAAAAGCAAUGAAUGCAGCAUCUUCUAGAUUGGCUUGUGUUUGCAGUGAAUUCUGAUUUGAAGUAAGCUUUCUGUUGCUAAUAGCUUUGGGCCGUUGUGUGUAGCAUGUGUUCUGCGCUUUCUUCUUCUGACGCAUGGCAUUUUGAAAACGUACGCUUGCUCACGAAGUAGUUUAGGUUAUUUCUCAUUAAUUACAGCAUGGCAAAUAUUGAAUGCUUAGCUUCUAGUAGAAUGGCUUUUUGGGCUGCUUUUAUUAACCAAAUUUGGCUUUGAAGUGUUAUCAGUAGAGUUAGUCAAGUUCAUGAAACUCGCAUGAAAGCAUCUUAACCUUUUGGACUGUUUAUGCAAUUUGGAAACGUGUCCCAUAGAAAUAGUAAGAAAAGCACUAGAUGACACUGCCACAGACAUUGAAUUUUUACAUUGAUUUCUUCCGCUCCUUAUCUAUUGAGAAGGAGAAAUGGACUUCGUAACAUUUAAAAGGAUUUCCUCCAAGAACGUGUAGGAGUGGGAAAGGCCACUUUUGUCCCAGUAGAACAAAUUAGGAACUGUUGCCUUCUUGGAUACUAACACUUUGCAAAUACCAAAAUUGCCUUCUUACUUCUUUCAACAGUAAUUGCAAUACUAAGGCAAUAAAAUCCAUGCCACCAUUUUGUCUGUGUUACCUAUGAUGACAGGGCGUGUAUCGAAGUGGAUCCAUCUUAGCCCCUGUACCACAAUUUUGUCAUUUAUUUUCCCAAACACCAUCUGGAAAAUAAAGUGAUCUAGAAAUAA